GCAAUAUAUUAUUAUGAAAUGGACUGUCUCGGGAGUACUUCGUACGGAUACCCAGGUACAUUGUCAAGCCCAGUGUCUGUGAAGUGGAGAAUCUCGGUAGGACCCGAACUGCCCGCCAAUCAACAAGAUAAUCCACGAUAACUGCCAUUUGUCCCCCAAUUGACCCAAGACAACCAUCAAUCUGUCCUCCCAAAGGUUCAGGGCGCAACUUCACGAGCCAUUCAACCAUCAUAAACGGCUCUUCCCCUCAGUCUUGCACUGCAACCACCCGCCGUGCCGCCGAACAACUACCAACAACUUCCCGGGCUUCCAACCUUCGGCGCGGCGCAACAGCCCCGCGCCGACCCCGACUCUGAGCACCAUGUUCAACUCUCUCAACCGCAUCCAGAAUACCUUCGGCUUCUUCACCACCGUCGCCUUCGUCCUCGCUUCCUUCAUCGCCCUCUCCGACUUCGUCACCCCUCGGGCCCCCUCUGCCGGCACCAUCGUUCCCGAAUCCGUCCAGGUCGUCAAGGGCCGGCCACACUACUACUCGUCCAAGAAGGAGGAGUACGCCAUCGUCAAGUUCUCCUUGGACGCCUCCCUCGAGUCCCUCUUUACCUGGAACACGAAGCAGGUCUUUGUCUACGUCACCGUAGAGUGGCCGGAACCUGGCGCCGACAAUGUCACAAACUCCGCCGUCAUCUGGGACCAGAUCAUCACGAGUCCCAGUGCCGACCACCUCUCCAAUCUAAGCCCGGUCGCCCUGCGCAAGCUCAAGCGGAGUGCUGAAGGCAAGAGCAUUGACCCGAGUCGGGGAAAGCUGAAAAUCAAGAACCAAAAGCCCAAAUACCAGAUCACCCAUCCUACUGGGAAGCUGGCCGAGGCUGAGGAUGUCCGGCUGAGGCUGCAUUACAGCGUGCAACCGUGGUUCGGCAUCCUCACGUUUGAUCAGGAAUCCGACAUCGGUCUGUGGAAGGCGUUUAAGGGAGGCGUUAGUGAGCUGUUCAAGUUGCCUGCUCUUAAGAAGAAAACAACAACAUGAAGGUCUAGUGACCUUGCCCUCGGUCUCGGCAACGGCCCAUUUUCAUGCAUUAGAGGUUCCAUAUAAAGAUAGCCUUGCGGGCCCUUGUCUUGCCGUGAUCGAUAGCCCUCGGACCUAUUCCUCGAUUGCUGUCUCGCUCUUAAGUGCUCUGAAUCGUUCGUAGUAGUUGGGCUCUAGAAUCUCCAAGGUCACCAUCACAUGCUUGAUAGCUGUACCCUUUUGAGGGGCCUCCGCCUGGUUUACAACUGGGAACCAGAGUAAUAUGCCACUACUUGGUGUUCAUAGAACUAUCUACAAGGAAUGGAGUUGCCGGGUCUCGCGAGCGACGCACUCUCUCGGAACUACGGGAUGGCUGCGAAUCACAUCGUUUCACAUGAAGACACAUCAGG